CGUAAAGGUUGCGUUUUAUUGGUUGCCUUAAUCACUGUUUCCUCUUUGGCAGUGUCUCUGAAUUCCUCAUGGGAGAGGUGGACAGCAGUACUCUGUUAUCAUUACCACCAACAGAUAAAUGCAGGUCAAUGGAGAAUCUCUGUGGUGGAAUUGCUGUACAAGGUGAUAUGGUACAAGCCAAGGAUGAGUUCAGUGAUUCAGGCAGUCUAUCUGCAGAAGAAGUGGACAUAAUACUUCAAAGAUCUGAGGGUGGUGUUGAAGCUGCUUUGCAAUAUGCCAAAACCGUUUCGAAGUACAUGAAAGAUCUGAUCACCUACCUGGAGAAAAGAACAGCUUUGGAAAUGGAUUUUGCCAAAGGGCUGACAAAACUGAUCCACACGUGUAAAAACACUAUUACCCAAGAGUAUCAUGUGCCUUUUCUGUCAAUUUACUCGCUGGCACUGGAACAGGACCUGGAUUUUGGACAAAGCAUGAUACAAGGAGUUAACAUUCUUCAGAACCAAACCUUCCUCCAGCCAUUAGCUGGAAGAAGGCUGGAUCACGAAAAGCGCAGAAAAGAAAUUAAAGAACAGUGGCAUCGGGCACAGAGAAAGCUGCAAGAAGCUGAGGCAAACCUUAAAAAGGCAAAGCAGGCGUACAUGCAACGUUCCGAGGAACAUGAGAAGGCCAUGUACCUGACGGUGAAAGCAGAAGAGGACCAGCAGAGUGCAAGCAGCAGCAAUGCUAGCAAGACUCUAGACAAGAAGCGGAGGACAGAGGAGGAUGCACGCAACAAGGCUGAUGAAGCUGAGGCGACAUACAGAACAUGUAUUGCAGAUGCCAAGACUCAAAAACAAGAGCUGGAAGAUGUGAAGGUGAAUGUGCUGCGACAGAUCCAGGAAAUCAUCAAACAGAGUGACCAGACAUUGAAGUCGGCCACCAUCUCGUACUACCAGAGAAUGCACAUGCAAACGGCACCGCUGCCUGUGCACUUCCAGACACUCUGUGAGAGCAGCAAGUUAUAUGACCCAGGCCAGCAGUAUGCGUCUUACGUCAAAGACCUCCAGAUGGAAGCUGAAACGGAAACACAUUACGAUUUUGAAUCCUAUUCAUCUCAGAUAACGUGGUCUCCCCAUGUAAGGCCUCGUAAGGGUAGUUUCAAUGCAAAUGAAUUUGCUGCCAAUACUGCAAAUGAGAUGCAGUCCCAGUCCUCGGUGGAUGAACCCGGCAGUCCAGAGGGAGGAUUGACUCAGAAGGAAGCACGAGGUGGAGGACCUACUGAAAGAAGAGGAGUCCGCAGUCACCAGGUACACAAAUCCUGGCCUACUACCAUGAGUGAUACAGACAGUGUUGGAGGAGGCGUUGGCCUGGAUUCCCCUUCAUCUGCAACAGGUGAUUUUUCCAGAAAAUUGCCCAGGAUUCCUUCUUCUGGCACCAUAUCAACCACGGAGGAUGUAGAUGAUAAGGAUGGCAGUGCAAAUUUUGAGCAAAGCAUCAAUGGGAUGGCUCCAGAAAUAGCAGUAUCUACUGGUCCGUUCAAAAAUGUGCGACUUUCAAAGGCUGCACAAACACAUCGCCUCAGGAAACUUCGUACGCCAUCAAAAUGCAGAGAGUGCGAUAGCUACGUGUACUUCCAGGGAGCAGAAUGUGAGGAAUGCAAUCUGGCUUGUCACAAGAAAUGUCUGGAGACGCUGGCGAUAAAAUGUGGACACAAGAAGCUACAGCGGAAGUUGCAGCUGUUUGGAAGGGAUUUUGCCCAGGUUUCCCGGGACAGUCUCGAUGGAAUCCCAUUCAUCAUCAAGGCGUGCAUCUCCGAGAUUGAGAAGAGGGCUUUGAGUAUGAAAGGAAUCUACCGCGUCAAUGGUGUAAAGACUCGUGUUGAGAAACUGUGCCAGGCUUUUGAGAAUGGGAAGGAACUAGUCGAACUCUCUCAAGCAUCACCGCAUGACAUCAGCAAUGUGCUCAAACUGUACCUGCGACAGCUUCCAGAGCCUAUUAUGCUGUUUCGUCUCUAUAAUGAUUUGAUGGGACUGGCCAAAGAGAGCUUGCAGAGCACAGGGGAUGCAGGAAGUAAAGAGUCGACAAUUGAAAAGGAUUUACUGCUACUUGUGGCACGACUGAAAGAACUGCUGAAGGAUCUGCCGCCUGCAAACAAGGCCACGCUGCAGUACAUCAUCCGACAUCUUAGCAAAAUUUCAGAACUUGAACAAAACAAUAAAAUGUCUCCAAGUAAUCUGGGGAUUGUAUUUGGACCUACGCUGAUGAGACCCAGGCCUACAGAGGCAACAGUAUCUUUGUCCUCCCUUGUUGACUACCCUCAUCAGGCUCGCAUUGUGGAAACAUUAAUUAUCUACUACACAGACAUAUUUGAACUUAAAGCAGAGUUUAACAUGCCCUCAGAUGAAGAUACUGUGGAUGAAGCAUCGCCAACUGAUAGUUACAGUGAGAGAGAGUCUUCUGCAAGAAGAGUGGGAUCAGGGAGUGAUUUACCUUAUCUUGAUGAAUCAGCAGAGUUCGACAGAGAGAGGUUAUACUCUGAUACGCUUUGUGGAAACUCUUUAGGAUCAGAAAAAUCUUCAGAAUCUCGUGAGCGUUCACUGGAUUCUGACUCUGAGCUAGAAGACGGUGCACAUGAAUGUACUACUGGACAAACUGGGUCUGAGGAAGGAGUCCGAAGAAGUCGAAAGGGAUGCUUGCCAAAACAGGAGAGCGUAGCUAGUGCUGACGAGCCUCCUUUCUACAAUGACAAUGCAGACGAAGAGUGCAAUAGAUUAGCUAAACAGACUGACAAUAGUCAGGCUCAAGGUUCAGAUGCUGACGUGUCUCUGACUGCAUCAGAAAUAACUGUCGAAUGUUCGACAGCUUCAUCACAACAGCUGGAGAAAGGUGGGCAGGCAAAUACUGGUGAUGAGGAAAUGGACCGAGCGAAGAAUUCCAACAAAAGUCUGGCAGACUUUAAUACAAACCAAUCAAAUAAUGUGGACAAAAAUCAUUGGCUUCAUGUUCAUAGCAGCAGGCCAUCGCAUAUGAGAGAGCGGCGCAGUCAGUUGCCGUGGGUACGGAUGCGUCAUGGGAAAAUAGACAUUGGACUUGAAACUCGAGACCCGGAAUUUGUCUAAUGAUAUCUUGUCAAGAUUUGCCUUUUUUGAGUAUAGUUUUCCACAAAUGCUAAAGAUGCUUUUUGCUGGAUUAAUGAAAGAACUAUAUGAAUGGUAGCAGGGCGUAAGAUCGAAUUUCAAAAUAACUUUCACACUGUUUGCUGGUUCUCAUUUUGAGGCAGACUGUGCCAGUGAUUCCAUCCAGAGGUAAUUAAAAUGUGAAUGAAUUUGGUGAGUCCAAAAAUUGAAAUCAGCCACACAAUUUACAAAAGUAAUGCCAUAAAACAGUAUUAAUAUUCAGCAGUAAUUUACUUCAGGAAAAUGUAACACAUUGAGGACCUCCUAAAACAGAAGGAACCUGAUCAUUUUGCAUGUAGCAUUCAUUGGGCAAUUGGCCAGAUAUUUGUUGUAAGCACCAAAAUCUUACAACUUAUGGAAAGCAGGCAUACAUAUAAGGUCAUGUUCAAGAAGAAUUAUGAUUGUUUGUCAUGAUUGUGAAGUGCAAAAAAAUUAAUAAUUGAAGCCUACAUGGACUAUAAAGAUUUUUUUCAAUAAUUUUUAAAAGAUUUGCUUGAUUUCCUUUUAAAGAUUGUAGGUGUUUUUCGUCAUCUGUAUGGUCAUUGUUCUUGCGUCUUGGCCAUUCUGUCACAGGAGGUAUCAGAGAUGCACAGUCCUGUCCUUCUUGGAGUUAUUCAGUGUUGUUCAGGAGCAGAAAGGUGAACUUUUUUUCCCUCCUCCUAACCCGAGAGUCCUGAACCCACUUCUGCCUGCCCUAGCUUUGUUGAGAGAAAUCGACAUAAACUGGAGACUGAACAUGGACCUUCUCAGUCUCUGCGACUUCCUGCACCAUCAGGGGGUGCACUUGAGCUGCGAUUUUGACCAUUUUUGAGCUGGAUUCUCUAGCUAUUCUGUGCGCCCACAGGUAACGUUUUCAUUUUUUUCACCAGUGAUGGACAUCGCUGGCAUUUAUCACCCAUCCCUAGUGCAAAUGGAGGUGAAAAUGCUGCCUGUUCCAAUGUAGUAAUGUGUUGAAUGUACUCUGUGCUGUUACAUGGGCAGUGCCAGAUCUUUGCCCCAGCAAAGGUGAACAAAUGGUGAUAAUAUUUCCAAGUCAGGAUGGCGUGUAACCUCAGUUGGAAGCUUGCACGUAAUUAUGUUUCCACAUUCCUGAAUGCCCUUGCCUUUCUAGAUGGUUGUGGAUAUCACAAUGGCUGAUGAAGAAGCCUUGAUAAGUUGGAGUGAAUCACGUGGAUGGUGCUGUGUGCAGCCAUUGGUACCAGGAAGUGAAUGACUAAGGUGCUGUGUCUGACUGUCAAAUGGUCUGCUUUAUCUUGUAAGAUGUUGAGCUCCUUGAAUGUUGUUCCAGCUUUAUCAAUCUAAGCAAUGGAUUAUUCUGUCACACUCCUGACUUGUGCCUUGCAGGUGGUGGACAGGCUUUAGAGAGUUUAAAAUGAGUCAUUCAGCUCAAGAUACCCAGACUGUGCCUUGCUGCAAUAGCAAUAAUAUUUUUGUGACUUAAUCAGUUUCUUUACAAUGAUGACCUCCAGGAUUUUGAGAGUAGGAGAUAAGAGUGCUAUGAAAUAUAAAGAGAAGGUUUGUUGCUAGAUUCUAUCUUGUUGGAAAGGUCAUUGCCUGGCACUUCAGUGGCAAACAUGUCAUUCGGCACUUAUUAGCCCAGACCUGGAUGUAAUUCUCAGCCUUAUUGCAGACAAAUAUGAACUGCUUCAUUAUCUGGGGAAUUGUGAAUGGACCCGAAUAAUCAUUGCAAAACUUCCCCACUUCUGGUUACGAUGUAAGAAAGCUAACUUAAUCACUUAUGGAAUUCAAAGCUAAUCUCUGUUAUAGUGUCUGUGAAACUGCCAGGAGUGAGUACAAAAUGGCAUUUUUGCUGACAGUGUUCCUUUAUGGAAGGAAAUCUGCCGUCUUUGGCCUACAUAUGACUCCCGACCCACUGCAGUGUGGUUGACUCAACUGCCUUCUGAAAUAGUCCAGCAAGCCACGCAAUUUAAGGGCCUCUUGAAUAUGGUCAUGAAAUGCUGGCUUUGCCUGUGAUGCCCAGAUCCCAAUAAAGAUUUAUCUUAAAAAUGUUGAGGAUGUUUGGGCAUGGGAUGCUGUGAUGAGGAACUCCUGUAGUGAGGCCCAGAACUACAACCAUCUUCCAUUGUUCUAGGUGUGUCUGCAGCUGCUGGAGAGUGUUCUGUCUGAUCUGUGUGUUUUGGCCAAGGAUGAAAGUCCUGGUAGUACUCAAACUAAGCAUAGGUGAACAGCUAAUUGGUGAGUAAGUACCACUUGAUAGAACUAUCACUUGCUGAUGACUCGAGAGUAGGAUGGUCAUUGUUCAUCUGGAUUUGUCUAUAUAAGAUGUUGUAGCUGCACUGAAACAAAUUGACUUAAGAGUGUGAACAGCAGUAGUAUCCUUUUAUAAAUACCUCGCUGACCCAAGUCUUAAAUCAAAUUCUAUCAAUGAAGGAACCAUAGCUGUGAAAUCGAUAAUGCUUACAGUUGAUCAGGCAAGCAAGACUUUGCAUCACUGUGCCUCUGCAUGUGGGAAUUGGGCAACAUAACAAAACAAUUUAAAAGAUUUUUGACUGGAAAAGAGAUUAAAAUUACCAAUAUCAUUAUGUUAAACAAUUUAAAUUAAUAGGACUCAAAUUUCACAGCUGUGAUUACAAUUUUUGAAUAUAAUACAAUUUUGGGUAAAUCCAUUCUAUUUUUAUUCAAUCUGCUUUGAUUUAAGAAUCUAUAAUAACAGGGUUUUCUUUGUGCAGUGGGAAAUUUAUUACAUGGGACGUUGAUUCACUACAAAAGAAUGCAGGGUCUUUUUUACUCAAACUUUUGCUUUAUCCCAACUAUUUAGUCUCUAGUCUAGGAAAAUCUAAACUUUUUGGAAAUGCAAGGAGGUGGGGUAUGGGGCAUAUUUCAGUUUUUCUUCUGUUCAUUAGGAGGGGGAGCAGUGAACAAAUAUUGCAAAGAAAUGAUUUGGCACAACAACAAACAUUAAUUUCAAAACAGAUUCCAAAGCAAUAAAUUGAUAAUUUAAGUAAUUGAGUAAUUGCCUCCCUAAUGGCAUCAUGGGUCUGCCUACAGCACAUAGACUGCAACAGGUCAAGAAGGCAGUCCACCAUUUUCUCAAGGGCACCUAGGGACAGACAUUAAAUGUUGGCCCAGCCAGUGAUGUCCACAUCCCAUUACUGAAUUUAAAAAAAGAAAAUUAAUGAAACUGGCUAUCAAAACAACCCAAGCAGCAGAGCUAACUAAUAAAGAGAGAGUCUCGUUCGCUGCUGACCCGUUUGCCACUUUGGCUGCUAAGCAGUUUACGGACUUGCAGCCUGGUCCCUACACCCACUCCUCUGUCUGUUGCAGGCCCCACUGUCCUCAGCACCCAGGCUCCAUGAAGGUAAGCACUUUAACACAACUUGCUACUCAUUCAAUUAGAGGCUGUUGAUUUACCUCAAUUAGCCAAUCAGCAACAAAAGGGGAGAGAAAUGGUCUCUGAUUGGAGGACCAGCUUCUUGUAGAAUCUUAUGUCAUAGGCCAGACAGGACUCCCUUGCCAGGCUGCAGUCAGGUCUGUUGGUCAGGUAUGCUCUAGCCUAUGGGAACUGCUUAAUGCCAAGGAUCUGGCAGAUGCUGUUCUGGAAGCAGCCCAGGAUGAUUGACCUAUCUUGAAACAAAACUUGCAUUUAUAUAGCAUCUUUUCCUAUAGUAAUACAUCCUGGGGCCCUUAGCAGCAAUGUUAGAAACCAGAAUUCUGACAUCAAGCCACAUAGGCAGAUAUUAUGACAGCUAGGUAAGAUUUUAGGAGUAUUUUAAAAGCAAGUGGUGGAGAGUAUCAGGGAUAGAAUUCCAGAGAUUAAGGUCUGUGUAUGCAGCAGAAAGCAUGGUGCUGUUGUGGACUGAGUAAAACUGGGGUGUUUAAAAAGCUGGAAUUGAUGCACACCUUCCAGAGAUAAAUGGGAUCCAAGAUGCCAUGUUCAUUGAAUAAUCUUGAUUUGGAAUGAGGCAUUGGUCUUGUAUACCAGAAAUUGUAGGUUUGGGCCCCAUCUAUGCCUGUAGACUCCUGGUUGGAUUUUCCAACACAGAUGAGUUGGACCAAAGUGUCUGUUUCCAUGCUGUAUAACUCUAUAUUGGAGUCCUGUGUUCAAAAUGUCCAAUGAGGGCCUGUGCCAAAGCCAACAUCCUUUUCAUUCCCCAAUUCAGAUUCUGACACACCUAUAUCACCAAUGUUUGGUUUUAAUGUUUUGGACCUGUAUUUUGUUAGGUUUUGAUCUGAAGAAAAUGUUUCUGAGUGAGUUUAUUUAAAGGUAUAUUUCAAAUUUCCAGCUUUUGUUAGGAUCACCUUUGUCUCCAACUUACCCGAGCUGUUUAUGAGGUACGCUGGCUGUUGUUAGUGAAGGCUCUGUGGGAUCUAUAUUUAGGGUGACAAGGUGAUCAGUUAAAAUAAUCCUCACUGUCACAUGAUCACGUUUUGUUGUACAAUGUAAGAUGAUUUUAAUACAGCCUUUGAGCUUUAUUGGCAUUAUGUAAUACAGCAGUUGUCCUAGUGUUUUUACAUGGGGUAUUGAGCUACGCUUUGGAGUCAGUGCUUUGUGGCAACUUUUUUUUUAGUUAAUUUGCUUCAGAUUUCAAAUUCAAUGUUUACUGUACGAACAAAUGAGUGUUUUAUACAAUGACCGAUAACUGUACGUAUGUGUGUGCAACAUUACAUCAGCCUAUCUGUGUAAUAUUCAGUAGGAUGGAUAAAGUCUUGUGUGAAAGCUGAUUGAUAGAAUACAGUUUAAUUCCCAUAUGUACAAUGGCCAAUGUGUAUAUACAAUGGAGAAGUGGGAAUUAAUCCUUUGUUUUCUUGGCCUCCCAAUGUAAAAGCAGUUGUUCUGUAUAACAGGGUUUAUUUUAAACAUUUUAUUGUGUAAAUAUGAUUUUUUUUUCUUAUACUGUACUUGCAUUCAUCCAGAGAAAAAUGCUGCAAUAGAUUUAUAUUUCUGAUAUUAUAUUUCAGUAUGAUUAAUAA